AUGCAGAAUCUCGCAACUUUGCCAAGAAACAAGACAAACAUUCAAAUGGCUUCCAGAAAAGACGCUUGCCUUAUCCAGAUUCACCAUUCGCCCAACCUCGAGACUGAUGUCGAUAUCAUCGCGAUCCAUGGCCUAGACACGAAAGCACCAGACAUGUGGACAUGGAAGGAUCGUCAUCAUCCGAAGAAUAACGUUAACUGGCUAGAGAAGGAGGAUAUGCUCAUGCUCCCACAUGAAGUUGGCAACGCGCAGAUCUUCGUUUGCAACUGGGAGGCCGGAAUGUUCCAAAAGUCCACCAAUCUUAAGGAGUCUACCCAGAGCUUCCUUCGCAUUAUGAGACCGCAGCUGAAGCAAGAGGAACGCGGCGCAGUAGGAAAACCUUCCUGUUUAUUGCGUCGUGCUUUGGGGCACUAUUUUAAUGAAAGCCCUCGAGAUCGACAACACAUGCCGGGAAAGGACACUGAUAAAAGCGACACGAGGAAUCCAUUGUUUCGAGACCAGGCGUUAACAGACCUCAUCGAUUACGUAAACGAACCAAAAGCCAAUGCCAGCGAACUGUUGAAACGAUUCUUAGACAUAGAAUCAAUAGAGCGCCAUGAAGUCUGUACCCUCUGGGAAGCUUAA